GGUGGGACCGCCGACCACUGCCCGUCGUCUUCUGCCUGCAGACAUGGCGCCGCCGCGCGCCCUUCUGGCCAUCGCCACCCUCUGCUCGGCCCUCGUCGCCGCCCGAGCUGCCGCGCCCAACGCUAACUGCGACCUGCUGUUUGACGGCAACCCAGUCUCCAGCUCCAGCUGGAGCAGCGCCCUCAAUGCGUCCAGAUACGUGGGCGACCUCGUGGACACCGCGGAACCCCAGGCAGAGUAUCUGGUGCUCACCACCAAGGAGGUGACCGCCUUCGCUGUCGACAGCCCGUCCGACUACAUCGACGUGGUCUUCGACGAGGCCGCCAGCACGCUGAAACUCGUCGUCAAGGAGGAGUUCGCCAAUUAUGAAGAGCAAAUGAUCUCUGCAUCAGAUCCGUCCAUAAUCGACAUCCGCAUCACGUUAACUUGCAGCGAUACCAAUACGGCUGGUUUUGGCUUCAAGAUUACGGUGAAGGAUACGAACAACCAUCCGCCAGAGUUCGACAAAUCCAGCUACCCGUUCGAGCUACCCAUGCCGCUGCCUUCAGACAUCGAUCUCUCUUGCCUUGUGGACGUGAUCAAGGUGACGGACAUCGACUUCAGCAAUUCGGACAUCACCAUCGAGUUCGACGAAGAUGGAGCCAAACUGUUCCGUGGAGAAGCGACCUACCUGGGAAGCAGGAACUACGAGAUUCACGUGUACAGCACGACGGCUAUCGAACUCAAGGAGACCACAACCUUCACGAUGACAGCAAAGGACAACGGCUCUCCUCAGCAAUCGUCUAGUCCGGCCACCAUCACCAUCAACGUGAACCAGCAGACGUCGCCCCCCACGGCUCCCACGUUUCAGCCGGCUGCGUCUCACAAGACAGUCGCCGCGGACGAGAUAGUGCCUGGCACUGAGGUAGCUUCGGUGACAAUUUCGGAAGGCUACGGCACGGAUGUUGAAGUGACUCACUAUACUUUAGAUGAAGCAGGCGUGACCCCGACGAGCGACGCGUUCGCCGUGGACGUGACGGCCGCGUCGGACGGCACCGCCACCGUCAGCCUGCGCUGGGCGGAAGGCGUGGCGCCGGAGUCGCUCCAGGACCUCAAGUACGCCCUCGUCGUGCUGCAGGCGACACGUGAGAGGGACGUCUCGACCAACCAGGUUGCCACCACCGUGGUUCAUCUGUCGCUGCCGGGACUGCAGGAUCCGCCGACGACAGCAUGUCCGACCCCAGAGCCGUGCCCCACGACGGUGGAGCCCACGCCGUGUCCUGAACCGGAUCCCUGUCCCUCCACACCACCUCCGGAGCCGUGCCCCACGACGGUGGAGCCCACGCCGUGUCCUGAACCGGAUCCCUGCCCCAGCACACCGCCUCCGGAGCCGUGCCCCACCACGACACAGCCCACAGAGUGCCCCGAGCCACAGCCCUGCCCGACAGCAGCGCCGAGCUCCACCACUGAACAGUGCCCGGUGUGCCCGGAAUGCUCCUCGACAGCUGAGCCUACAAACUGCCCUACCAGCUGUCCCACGAAUCCUUCGUGGCCCACGACGCCGUACCCAGAGUGCAGUUCUUCGAGCAUCACGGAGCCGUGUAUCUGUGAAGCUCCUUCACAGUGCACGUCGGCCGAGACCACCUCUCCUGGUUCUACAACUGACUGUUCACAAUGUCCGACGACAGAGUGUCCGCCAACUUCUCCUAAUACAGGAUCACCAUCUGAGUGUACUGAAUGUCCAGAAUGUCCAACUAUAUGUCCAACCUGCCCAUCGACUUGUCCUGACACAGGUUCUACAACUGACUGCUCACAAUGUCCGACGACAGAAUGUCCGCCAACUUCUCCUAACACAGGUUUACCAACUGACGCUACUGAAUGUCCAGAAUGUCCAACUAUAUGUCCAACCUGCCCAUCGACUUGUCCUGACACAGGUUCUACAACUGACUGCUCACAAUGUCCGACGACAGAAUGUCCGCCAACUUCUCCUAACACAGGUUUACCAACUGACGCUACUGAAUGUCCAGAAUGUCCAACUAUAUGUCCAACCUGCCCAUCGACUUGUCCUGACACAGGUUCUACAACUGACUGCUCACAAUGUCCGACGACAGAAUGUCCGCCAACUUCUCCUAAUACAGGAUCACCAUCUGAGUGUACUGAAUGUCCAGAAUGUCCAACUAUAUGUCCAACCUGCCCAUCGACUUGUCCUGACACAGGUUCUACAACUGACUGCUCACAAUGUCCGACGACAGUAUGUCCGCCAACUUCUCCUAACACAGGUUUACCAACUGACGCUACUGAAUGUCCAGAAUGUCCAACUACAUGUCCAUCCAUCUCAACGACUUGUCCUGACACAGGUUCUACAACUGACUGUUCACAAUGUCCAACGACAGAAUGUCCGCCAACUUCUCCUAACACAGGUUCACCAACUGACGCUACUGAAUGUCCAGAAUGUCCAACUACAUGUCCAUCCAUCUCAACGACUUGGCCUGACACAGGUUCUACAACUGACUGUUCACAAUGUCCAGCGACAGAGUGUCCGCCAACUUCUCCUAACACAUGUUCACCAUCUAACGCUACUGAAUGUCCAGAAUGUCCAACGACAGAGUGUCCGCCAACUUCUCCUGACACAGGUUCAUCAACUGACGCUACUGAAUGCCCAGAAUGUCCAACUACAUGUCCAUCCAUCUCAACGACUGGGUCUGACACAGGUUCUACAACUGACUGUUCACAAUGUCCGACGACAGAGUGUCCGCCAACUUCUCCUAAUACAGGAUCUGACAGUAGUGAAUGCCCACAAUGUCCAACGACAUGUACAACAUGCGAGCCUUGUACCACUGCAGAGCCAACUUCUACCACACCAGCUCUGCCACCCGGGCCGCCGAUAGAGUUUGAGAGAAGCAGGUACCGGGACACCGUCUCCUCCGUCUACGUGGGGACGCUGGCGAACCUCACGCUGAAGGACUACGACUCGGAGGGCCACACCCUCGACUGCCAGCUGCUGGACGCCACGGACUACGUGGCGUCCCGGGUGAGCGUCCACCCGGUGGGCGUGGCUGGCUGUCAGCUGACCAUCGACGCAUUCCUGCGUGCCGGCUCCUACGCGUUCAGCGUCCGCGCCAACCUCGCCGGCACCUCCUCUGUCGCCACAACGGAGGUGGCGCUGGCAGUGUCGACGACCAUCACGUGCGACGACUCGACGUCUCCCAUCUUCCCGAUCGCGCUGUUGGUGACUUCUCAGCCCGAGAAUCAGACAGCAGCGGCGAACAUCCUGCCCCCCACGGAGCUGGGCGACGGCGCGCGAUGCAGCUUCAAUCACAGCGUCGACCCUGCGGAGUACAGCGACUGGGUGCAGGUGGACAAAGCGACAGGCGAGAUGAACGUGACCGACCUGGACUACGAGAGCGUGACCAGUCUGUUCAUCUCGCUGUCCGUCUCCUGCGAGUCUGAACCAGAGCAGCAGCAGCAGCAGCAGCAGCCGCGGCGGCUACGUCGCACGAAGGACCAGCCAGACUGGCCAGAGUAUCUGCUCUACGACAACACCAGCAUGAGCGUGCUGCUGCAGAUCCAAGACGUCAACGACAACCCACCCGUCUUCACCGCCGGCGACCGCAUAGUGGUGGGCUAUCCCACUGGAGACCUGCUGGAGCGCGUCCAGCCUGGACCAGUCGUCACACUCAAGGCCACCGACGCGGACGAGGGCGAGAACGCCGAGCUGCGCUACAGCCUGGACGCGGCGGGCAGCCGCCACUUCACGGUGGGCGCCGAGACGGGCGCCGUCUACGUGCGGGCCGACGCGCCGGAGCUGCCGGACUCCGGCGUCUCCUUCACCGCCACCGUCGCCGACCUGGCGGGCGCCGCAGGGGCGCUCAGCGACACCGUGGUCGUGCAGGUGAAGCCGCUGAAGGACGAGGAGCUGGUGCUGGUGACGACGGUGGAGGGCGCGCUGCCCGAGGACGCGGACGCCGUCGUGGAGGACCUGUGCGGCGCCACGGGGCUGAACGUGCGCCUGCUGAGGGCGUACGCCGCGGCGGCGGAGGAGGGCAGGGCGCUGGCUGGUGGCAGGGCAGCCAGGGCGGCCUCCGGGAGCGCGACCACCAUGCUGCUGUACGCCCUCGACGACCAGGAGGCGCUAGUCACUGUGCAGCAGUUCCAGACGCUACUUUCGUCUUCGGAGAUCAAAGUGGAAAACCUGCCACCAGAGGCAGAGAACCAGGAGCCCACUGACGUCACCGGCUAUAUGGCAGCCAUCAUUACUUUGGCUGUCCUCAUCGCAGUGGCUCUAGGUGGUGCUGUGGCAGGCUACUACUUCUACUUCAGGCCAAGACUGGGAGUUCAUAAGCAGACAGAUGAUUACACUAAGUUUGAAUCUGAUGCAGAUAAAGACAGUCCUUUAGAAUCACAAAUUCCACAAAUAACUACAACUGUUGAACCUAAAAUAUCAACAGUUAGUGAAAUAAUAGAACCAGUAAAUGAAGUGACUGUUGAGAACAACAUCAUAACAGAUGAAAACAGCAAUGGAGUACUGGCACCAGAUUCAGAAGAUGAUUGGUCAAGGAAGAGAUCCAUGACCAUUCGAGGAGGACCAGAUGACUAUAAUGAUGAGGAAGCAUCUGGAGAACCAAGAAGAUCAGAAAGUUCAGACAGCCUUGAUGGAGAUGAAGCUCAUGCUGAGUCUGAGCGACGUAAAUCCGCAGUUCACUUUAAUGAAAACGUGGAGUGUAUUGAAGUGGAGCGCCUCUGAUAUUGAGUGCAGUGUGACUCCAAAGAAAUUUCUGAGAGGAACUUAGUGCUUCAUUUAGCUCUGGUAAUAAUCAUUACAGUUCCUCUUAACAUCUGCCUAGUGAUUGUGAUAGCAAGUUAACACCCUUGAAGACUGACGACAUGGUUUGUGAACCUGUUAUCUACAUGAAAUACAUUGAUAUUAAUCAGAAUAAAGAUGAGAAAUAAGAUUUGUUGGAACUAUAUUUUUGUGGCUGUGUGAAUUACAAGUAUUUCCCAUAUUAAACAAGUACUUUUUUUGGUAACUGUCAGUUGUGUUAAUUAAUGAUUUUCGUGGAGACUGUUCAUACUAAUAAUUAGUUGGCUGAUGUUCUUACAGUGAUUUUGUUUAUUAAAUAACACUGUUUAAUUUCCAUGUUUAAAAGUGGUUGUACCCUAUGACAGUUUGGUAGAAAAAUUUUAUAUGCUACUUGUAGUUUAUAUUUUUUU